GCUACCCUUUCCCUCUCGCGACCUCAGAUCACGCGAAGAAAAAGGGGAAGGGAAAAAAAUGGCGCAGCUGGUGGAGACGUACGCGUGCUCGCCGGCGACGGAGCGCGGCCGUGGGAUCCUCCUGGCCGGGGACCCGAAGACGGACACGAUCGCCUACUGCACCGGCCGCAGCGUCAUCAUCCGCCGCCUCGAUGCGCCCCUCGACGCCUGGGCCUACCAGGACCACGCCUACCCCACCACCGUCGCCCGCUUCUCCCCCAACGGCGAGUGGGUCGCCUCCGCCGACGCCUCCGGCUGCGUCCGCGUCUGGGGCCGCUACGGCGACCGCGCGCUCAAGGCCGAGUUCCGCCCCCUCUCGGGACGCGUCGACGACCUCCGCUGGUCCCCCGAUGGCCUCCGCAUCGUCGUCUCCGGGGACGGCAAGGGCAAGUCCUUCGUCCGGGCAUUCGUGUGGGACUCUGGCAGCACAGUUGGUGAGUUUGACGGGCACUCAAAGAGGGUCCUGAGCUGUGACUUUAAACCAACACGGCCAUUUCGCAUUGUUACAUGUGGUGAAGAUUUUCUGGCUAACUUUUACGAAGGACCACCGUUCAAAUUCAAGCAUUCCAUAAGGGAUCACUCGAACUUUGUUAACUGUAUCCGGUAUUCUCCUGACGGAAGUAAGUUUAUCACUGUGAGUUCUGAUAAGAAGGGUUUGAUAUAUGAUGGCAAAACUGGAGAAAAGAUUGGGGAGCUUUCCACUGAAGGCGGUCACACAGGGAGCAUAUAUGCUGUUAGCUGGAGUCCUGACAGUAAACAAGUUCUAACUGUUUCUGCUGAUAAGACUGCGAAAGUAUGGGAUAUCAUGGAAGCUGCAAGUGGGAAAUUUAAUAGAACUUUGACUUGUCCUGGUACAGGAGGUGUGGAUGACAUGCUUGUAGGCUGCCUCUGGCAGAAUGACCAUCUCGUGACAGUCUCUCUUGGUGGGACAUUUAAUGUGUUCUCUGCAAGCAAUCCAGACAAAGAACCAGUUACGUUUGCAGGACAUUUGAAGACUAUUAGUUCUUUGGUUUUGUUCCCUCAAAGUAGCCCAAGAACUAUAUUGUCUACAAGUUAUGAUGGGGUCAUCAUGAGAUGGAUACAGGGUGUUGGAUAUGGUGGCAGAUUGAUGCGCAAGAACAAUACCCAGAUCAAAUGCUUUGCUGCAGUAGAAGAAGAGCUUGUUACCUCAGGGUAUGAUAACAAGGUGUUCAGAAUUCCUCUCAAUGGAGACCAGUGUGGAGAUGCUGAGUCAGUUGAUGUAGGAGGUCAGCCAAAUGCUUUGAACCUUGCAAUUCAGAAACCUGAAUUUGCCCUGAUUACCACAGAUUCUGGGAUUGUACUGCUGCACAACUCCAAAGUUAUUUCUACAACAAAAGUCAAUUAUACUAUCACUUCUUCUUCUGUUUCUCCUGAUGGCACUGAAGCUGUUGUUGGUGCACAAGAUGGGAAACUGCGCAUAUAUUCCAUCAAUGGGGACACAGUUACAGAAGAAGCCGUGCUUGAGAAGCACCGAGGUGCUAUUACUUCCAUACAUUAUUCACCAGAUGUUUCUAUGUUUGCUUCUGCUGAUGUCAACAGGGAAGCUGUUGUGUGGGAUCGGUCAAGUAAAGAGAUCAAGCUGAAGAACAUGCUGUACCACACAGCUCGGAUCAACACCGUGGCCUGGUCACCUGACAGCCGUUUGGUUGCCACUGGCUCGCUGGACACCUGCGCGAUUGUCUAUGAGAUAGACAAGCCAGCAGCCAGUCGCAUCACCAUCAAGGGAGCACAUCUUGGUGGAGUUCAUGGUUUAACCUUUGUCGACAAUGAUACUCUGGUGACUGCCGGUGAGGAUGCUUGCAUUCGUGUCUGGAAGGUGGUGCAGCAAUAGGUUACUCUCCAGUCUUCACUAUGGUGUGCAUUGAGCGUGUCUUCCCUAUUGAUUGGAAUAAAUGUUUUUUUUUGUUUACCUUGUUGGUAUGAUGCUUGUUACUCACAGGCCAUAGCAUCAUGCUGCCUUCUUUGCAUCCAGAGUUUUAAGUUUGCUGUACAAUUCGUUUUGAGUUGUAUUCUUCCCCUGGUUUUUCGGGAAAGGUGUUUUUUGUAAUUGUAUCCCUACAUCUGAUUUUGUUAGAUACUGAGAAUAUAGGGAUACUUAUUGUUGUUGCAUUCCCCCCUGUCAUUGGACUAGUUGUUAAUAACUGACUUAUGUGGUGCUGGAGCUUUCAUGAAUCAUGAAUGGCUGGAUGGUUGUGCUUUCGGCAA